GUAGGGAGUUACAUUCAUCCCAUUGCACAUGCUAGGGCUGGGUAUCCUCAUGGGUUGUAGCAUGCCUAGCGGUAAAAUCAGUUAUCAUUUAUUGACCAUUACGUAGCCUUACUGCUUACAGGGCUACAACCUAUGAACAGAAUAUUACCCCGUUGCUGGCUUUUUCCCGUACCUUCAGUUAUCUUGGCCCUCUUCGGCGAACAGUUUGCGACGCAGUUUACCAGCCAAAGUAUGACAUGGAUCGACCACUUGAUAUUCGCCAUGGUUCCGCUUGGCAUCGUCACAGUUAUCUCUGGCGCCAUUCGUGUUUCGGGACCGCGGAUGGCAAAGGCGUUUAUCGGUCGUGCGAGAGAAAACCGCACACUCGCCGAGAUUGAACUGAUGUCGUCGAUUUCCGCAGAGGUGUGCGAGAUGUUCAAUGGCAACUCGAUCGUUCGGGUCAUGGGAAAGCCCAAAACAGCGCAUUUUCUCCUCUUCCCUGAGCUCGACGACAUACUAAGGCACCAAAAAAACAACGCCUGUUCCAGUCAGAGUCUUGAGGACUCUUGUGGUAUCCAUACUAUUGGGAGCGCCUAUCGUAAGGGACUUAUGGUACGAGAAACGUAUCAUAGUGAGAGUUAUCAUUUUAUUAUCCGUCUAAUAAAAGCGGCUCUCAAGAACCCAGCCCCAGUCCUUAGCAGCUUGGCCACGAAUUACACGAAUUUCAUCUGUGGUCUCCUUAGAAUAUUCCCACAGCGUACUAAGGAAUUAAAUGUUGAGGAAGGGAGACCUGAGCAAUCAAGGCCCGAGGAACUUAGGCUUGGGGCACCAAGGCUUGAGGAGCCAAGGCCCGAAAACAAGUCCCAGGAAAGGAAGCCUACGCAACUCCAAGGGCCCACAAGCUAUCCCGAUCCACCAAAUAUCCAAAUAAAUCUAGUAUCGGGAAAUUUUGGCCGAAAAUUGUGGUUCGAGCAAGCUGAACUAAUCGGUGCUUCCCUUGUGGCUGUCACAAUACAGCUGGGGCUGAUUGCCAUUGCCGCCAUUACUGUGUUCCACCCGGAAGUGAGAAGCGCAAUUGGCACAGACCCUGAAGCGUAUGGGUUUUCUUCCUAUGCCGCUGGCUCAAUUCUGCUUUCCCUUGGCAUAGGACUUUGUUCAUGUUCAAUAGAACAAAGCACUACUGAGUUCACCUGGAAGCUCAAAGAGGAUGACAACACAAAUGACCAGCAGGACGGCAAGACAAACGACCAGAAGGACGAUGACGGGGGCAAAGGGACGGACAACAAGACAUGCGAUAAUAAGGAAUCGACCAAACCGGAGAACAUUGGUAACCCUAAUAAAUAUCCACGACUGAUAUUUAUUCAGCAGGCGCAGACAGUGCAGGAUAUGAAGUUUGACUCUUAUGUGAUUCUUGCUGGUCAAAAACGUCACAUCCUCACGUCUAAUAGAAAAGAAGAUGCCGAAACUGACGUAGAACCACCAUUGGAAAGAAAGAGCCCCAGCCACGAAAACGACACGGAAAACAAGACGAAGCCACCACCGGAAACCCCUAAACCUAGCAGGAAUCCCGCCACGGAACUGGCUACAGAAAUACCACCAGGAAGAGGCAUUCGGGACCGUAAGAACUACAAGGAAACUGUCAUAGAAGCAUCAUCACCAGGAGAGCACGGCUCUGGUUCUAAGAAAUCAUUUUCUACGCAGGAGAAUCCCAAGGCAGGCGGAAAUUGGCUACGGCAAGCAUUCAGUCCUAGGAAAAGAUGGGAGCUUUUAACCCUCAUCGCAACCCUUACGUCCGUCGUUGGAUUCAUAGCACAGUUCAUAGGUCUUCGCGGCCUUACAUACCCAUGUGCUAUUGCCCAGCUACUGGCCAUAUGUUCGAUGGCCUUCAUCCGCGCAUGGAUUCGAAGAAAAGUCGGUCGCGUCCCAAGACAUUCUCUCGCAUCGCCUGGCUACGAACUAGACUUCCUGGCUGUUCAUAUCGUUUUCUGCCCCAAAUUCCGCGACCCCGACCAAGAUCUUCCAGAGAAGGACUGCUUGCUAAAACAUCAACCCCAUGACCUCAUUUUGCGAUGGGGAGUUUCGACACCACGACUUAGCGAGAAUAACAAGAAAUAUUUUAAGUUCAUCGGAGGAUUAGCAUCGCACCAUAUCCGGGUGAUCAAGACGAGCUUGCGAAAUGUUUCCAGGAUGCAACGAGCCAGAAUCUGCUAAAAGUACGGCAAAGGCUUGGGGAUCUCUGCCAGUGGAAGUCUAUGGCCACCGAGAGUGCCCUAGCUUUAGCACUCUCCAUCGAGCUUUUUAUGAACACUUUCUUCCCCAAUACGAAUGAUGGCAAAGGUGGGCAGAAGUUACAGUGGACUCUGGAUACAUUCAAGCCAUUCGGGAUUUGCGGUUCGAAUGAAGAUACAAUCGACAUACCAGUGCAAAAAGACAGUCCUGACAGGCCGUGGAAGGUUGAUCUAGGGGUACUAGAAGCUGUCAUGUCACUCUGGAUGGCUAGCAUCAAUAUCGGAACUGAGGCAAAAAACAAGAAAGUCAUUGAGGAGUCCAGUGCUAAGAACACCGGAGCAGGGGGGCGGGG